CUGAGCAGCGGCGGUGGCGGCUUCGGCGGCAGCGGCGGCAUCGGGGACGGCGUCGGCGGCGGUAGCCGCGGCGGCGUUUGAGUGGAGGAAGAUGGCGGCUCCGGGCGGUCCCGGGUCCCGCCAGCCGUGAAGAUUCCACGAGCACGGCAAGCACCGGCCUCGGGCAGAGCGGCUGUGCUCUGGCCCUGGCCCUGGCUCCUUCGCCAUCGUCGCCGGAGACGCUAAGACGAGAGCGCGGAGCGGGCUGGGCCAGCUUCAAGUGGGAUGUCAUGGCCAGCUCCUCGGACAGUGAGGAUGACAGUUUCAUGGCUGUGGACCAAGAAGAAACUGUACUGGAAGGAACAAUGGAGCAAGAUGAGGAAUCCCACCCAGUGUUGGAAGUUGAAGAGACAAGACAUAAUAGGUCCAUGUCUGAGCUGCCAGAAGAGGUUUUGGAGUAUAUCCUGUCCUUCCUUUCACCGUAUCAGGAGCAUAAAACUGCAGCUCUGGUCUGCAAACAGUGGUAUCGGCUUAUCAAAGGUGUAGCCCACCAGUGUUACCAUGGUUUUAUGAAGGCUGUCCAGGAAGGAAACAUUCAGUGGGAGAGCAGGACUUACCCUUAUCCCGGAACCCCCAUCACGCAGCGCUUCUCCCACAGUGCAUGCUAUUAUGAUGCCAAUCAGUCUAUGUAUGUCUUUGGAGGCUGUACCCAGAGCAGUUGCAAUGCUGCCUUCAAUGACCUCUGGAGGCUCGACCUAAAUAGCAAAGAGUGGAUUCGACCAUUGGCUUCAGGGUCCUAUCCUUCCCCCAAAGCUGGAGCCACUCUAGUCGUGUAUAAGGACUUGCUAGUGCUAUUCGGUGGCUGGACGAGACCAAGUCCCUAUCCCUUACACCAACCAGAGAGAUUCUUUGAUGAAAUUCACACAUACUCACCAUCUAAAAAUUGGUGGAACUGCAUUGUUACUACCCACGGGCCUCCUCCCAUGGCUGGCCAUUCCUCCUGUGUGAUAGGUGAUAAAAUGAUUGUCUUUGGUGGCUCUUUAGGAUCCCGGCAAAUGAGCAAUGAAGUCUGGGUCCUGGACCUGGAGCAGUGGGCGUGGUCCAAGCCAAACAUCUCUGGCCCCAGCCCUCAUCCCCGAGGUGGCCAGUCUCAGAUUGUUAUAGAUGAUGCAACUAUCCUGAUCCUUGGCGGUUGUGGCGGUCCCAAUGCUCUGUUCAAAGAUGCCUGGCUGCUGCACAUGCACCCAGGUCCCUGGGCCUGGCAGCCACUCAAGGUAGAAAAUGAAGACCACGGUGCCCCGGAACUAUGGUGCCAUCCAGCCUGCCGGGUGGGACAGUGUGUGGUGGUCUUCAGCCAGGCUCCUAGUGGGAGAGCACCGCUCAGCCCCAGUUUGAACUCUCGCCCAUCACCCAUCAGUGCCACUCCUCCAGCCCUGGUUCCUGAAGCCCGAGAGUACCGCUCCCAGUCCCCAGUGAGGAGUCUGGAUGAAGCUCCUUGUGUCAAUGGCCGCUGGGGAACACUGAGGCCCAGGGCUCAAAGGCAGACUCCUUCAGGUUCCCGGGAAGGGAGCCUCUCCCCAGCCAGAGGAGAUGGCUCUCCCAUCCUCAAUGGUGGAACCUUGUCUCCAGGAACAGCAGCUGUCGGGGGUGCUUCCUUAGACAGCCCUGUACAGGUAGUAUCUCCAAGCACUCCAUCUGCCUCUGAAGGAUAUGACCUAAAAAUGGGACUUUCUGUAGCCCCCCGACGAGGGUCUCUACCAGAUCAGAAGGACUUGAGGUUAAAUUCCAUUGACCUGAAUUGGGACCUGAAGUCUGCUUCCAGUAGCAGUCACGUGGAUGGUACAGACAACAGGACAGUUGCAGGGAGUGUGAGACACCCUCCAGAACAGACAAAUGGUGUUCAUACCCCACCACAUGUGGCCAGUGCCCUUGCAGGGGCUGUAUCCCCCAGUGCCCUGCGGCGGAGUUUGGAAGCCAUCAAAGCGAUGUCAUCCAAAGGCCCCUCAGCGUCGGCCACACUAAGUCCUCCUCUUGGGUCUUCUCCAAGCUCUCCUGGGAGUCAAAACCUGAGCAGUGGAGAAACAGUACCCAUCCCCCGCCCAGGACCAGCCCAAGGAGAUGGUCAUUCUUUACCCCCCAUUGCUCGCCGUCUGGGCCACCACCCUCCACAGUCCCUCAAUGUUGGAAAACCCUUGUACCAGAGUAUGAACUGUAAGCCCAUGCAGAUGUAUGUUCUGGACAUUAAAGACACCAAGGAGAAAGGCCGGGUCAAAUGGAAAGUGUUUACUAGCAGUUCCGUGGUCGGACCUCCAGAGACCAGCCUACACACAGUGGUGCAGGGCCGAGGAGAGCUUAUCAUAUUUGGAGGGCUCAUGGACAAGAAGCAGAAUGUGAAGUACUAUCCAAAAACAAACGCCUUGUACUUUGUGCGAGCAAAGAGAUAAUGUGUUCGAAAUCCCUUUUCGUUUGGAAUUUUCCAGUGUACAAGCAUUUGGACUGAGACUUGGGAAAACAACAUAACUCUCACAAACCAAAACUCCAAUUCCAGGCCUAACUCACUCCAGGCUGGGAUCAAAUCUCCAUUAAGGAAAAGAUUAUAUAUAAAUAUAUACAGAUAUAUUAUAUACCCAACUCUGUUUACAAGUAAAGGUGAGAUCUCCGUCCUGGUUCAGAUGAGCUGUUGUGGAGGCUGUGCUGCCUUUUCUGUUGUGCUGAUAACCAGACCAGGAAGUUAGGGAAAGACGAACAGCAGUAACUUCCCACGAGAAGCAAGCUGAAGAGCCCCCUGUGAUCUCUGUGGCCUUCUCAGACAGACGCCGCGCUGCAGGGUCAAAGUCGGUUAACAGAAAAAGUUCUUCCCCCUCCUGUUUGAACCCCAGAGGACCUGUGAUGGCUCUGCACAAGCACCUGUGCCUGGUCCCUUCUGUGAUCCAGAGAAGUCACCCAACAAGAAAUACCGUUCCCCACAUGCCGGAGUCACGGUGAAACAAUGUUUAGAGAGCUGCCAUCCGUCUGCCUCCUUCCUGUCUGUCGGUCCUAGUUCUUCCUACAUGUCUCAGCAAACAUGCAGUGUCCAAUUAUGAGAUUUUUCUGACAAUCGUGUUUGGUUGCAAGUUGCCAAAAAAACAUAGUGUUUUCCUUUUAGAACUGGGUCCUCUGCGGCCCUUUUCUGUCUGGCUGCUCCCCUCCCUUCAGCGGUUCGCUUUGGUUUGGGGUGUUUUAUUUCACUUGUUUGGGUUUGGGCAUUUGGUCUUUUUAAAAAGCAUCAGGACCUCCAUUGCUCCAGCUUCUCUUACAAAACUCCAGUGUCUGUAGAAGUCAGAUUUCUCAAGCCUUCCACCGCAGUGUGGGGGUACACACCUGUGACCCUAACACUCAGAGCAGAGGCCGGAUGAUGGGGCUAGCCUGGGUUAUAUGAUGAGACUCUGUCUCAACAAAACAAGUAAAAUUAAGAUGCCAAUAUCAUUAAAACAAAACAAAACUCAAGCAUAAGAAAACACCCCCGCCUACCCUAGGCAGGUUCUCACUAUGUAGCUCACAGAGACUCUCUUGCCUUUGCCUCCGAAUGUUGGGAGGAAAGACAGGUGCCACCAGGCCCAGCCCCAAAGAUUCCUUUUUCUCUGUUUCUUUUAUCUCUGUUGCACAUGGCACACCUGUCCCUGUUAGUAAAAUGUAGGAGUUGGUCUUAAAGGGGAAUCUGGGAACAGUUCCUCCCAGAAAGGGUCUCCUGACCUGUGACACCUUCUGCUGUGCUGUUGGCAAGUGACUGGGUUGAGUAUCACGUCCUUGACACUUGGACAUGACCUGGGGGCAACACUAUCUAUCCCUCCCCUCUCUUGUUUGCACCUAAGUCCCCAGCAUUGUACUUCACUUCAGUCCUGAUAACUACGACCCCCCAGGAGAGGGUUCGUGUUGUUCAGAGGCGCUGGAAAUGACUAGACUUGAAGCACAGCCUGUGCAUAGGAGAUAGCAAAGAAGAUUAUUUUAAAUGGCCGUGCAACUCUGGAUUUUGGUGGCUUCUUGUCAGUGGUGAAGAAUUUUCAUUUUGCUUUUAAAACCAAAACUGAAACAACGAAAGCACGUUUCCCAGCUCCACCCACUCUCCUUUCUUCUUGUCAGCAUCUCCCAGACACAAGCCCACUGCUGCUGGCCCCACCUGUCUAAGAGCUGUGUCUGCUUCAUGCUCAGUCUUCCCUUAGCCAUUCGCUCUGCUCUAGUGGUCUCGGCAGGAAAGCCCCCGUGGGAGCCCAGGGAAGGCCUGUGCUCUGGAGCUGCUCCCGAGGGAACACCCUUGUGCCUACUUCUGUGUGUCCCACCCCUCCGGCUCCCUGCCUUGUUGCUUCUGCCAGUCCUUUGGCCGAGACUGUUUGAUCCUAUGGGGCCCUGCCUUAUGAGGCAAGGCCAGCAGAUGAGCAACCUCGUAUUUCUGAACCCUGGCUGUGAUGUUUGCAUGUGGACGGUGCCCCUAGACUUGGUUUCUACUUAAAUACCAAGUAUUCAGACACUUAGAAGUUUAAAAUCUCCACUUUGUAGUCUUUCUUUUUCCCCUGUGGCCUUCCUAAGCUGUCUGUCAACUGUUGAUUCUCCUACUUUUCCCAAGUAGGCAGGCAACAGAAAUAUUAACCUCUUUGAAAGCAGUGGGUUCCUCAGAACUCUGGGGUCCUGGGGCUGCGUUCACUGCUGAGAGCCCGGUAUCUGCAGUCCCUCCAGAGGAAGCUUGUGUGCACCCAGCAGUGCAGGACUUGGUAGUCCCUGAGCUCUGUGGAUGUGUGCCGUGGGAAAGUGACUCCACAGUGACGAUGGUGUCUUCCCAGCCCCGGGAGACUGUGUGGCAGGACUUCCGGUGUCUCUGCAGAGGUCAGCAUUCCCACAACACCAUUAGUUCAAAUUUAACCACAAUUCCUUUUUUUGACACGAUACCAAUUUUGUCUUAAAAUUCACUGAGAGAAAUGAGACAAAAUAUUUUGUUUGAACCCUCAGGAGCACCUAAAGCAAAUAUUUAUCAGUAUUUAAGUAUUUAAAAUACAUCUUAUUUCUACUUGAAGCUUUAACCCUUUCCAUUCCUACAAGUGUGCCUUUGAGAGCCCUCAGUCAUAUUAACUUCAGUCAUUUCGCUGGCCUCUCUCGUGUAAGAGUUCUGGGCACUGCUCCGCUCCUGCACAGAGCCUCCUGUUCAUUAUCCACACACCACGUAGCAGAGAGCAUUUGUUUUCAUUCCUCUUUCUACCUUCCUUCCUUGCUUACGGUGAGCACGUCACAACCGCACCUCCCGCCACAUUUUGGGAUCACCAAUAAGGUGUAGAAAGAGUUUUGUUUAAGUUAAUGCUGGAGCUUGCUUUCCCCCCAGCCUCUGUGGGUUGAUUGACUUUAAUGUUUGAGCCAUGAACUGUGGAAGAGCGGUCUUGGAACUCCUUAAAUACAGCAAAGAAGAGGAGGAAGCCGCAUUGCGGGAACAGCCACUGGCAACAGAACAAGGGGGUCCUCCCUUCCUUUACCAUAUCUUUCUGGGUUCAUUCUGCUUUGCUUUUCCCCUUCAAAGUAAAUCACCUGCUUGGUGUGUCCGUCUGUCUGUCCUUGUCCUCAUGGUGACCCCAGCAUGGUGAUGUACUCUGCUUUGUGUUAUCUCACCAGCGCAUACGAUGGUGGGGAGGAGCUGAAGGGGGCCAGGAAAGAAAACCUGGCCUCGGGUACUGCAUACAGCAUGUUCUGCUGCCACCAUUGGUGGCCUCUCACCGCCGUCCUUAUGGAUGAAAGCCAGCCUGUUGGGCUCCACUGUGCUCGCUUCGCUCGCUCUGUCCCCUUCUACCAACCAGGGCUCAUGUCAGUGCGCACCCACCGUGCCCUGGCGAAGCUGGUGCUGUGAGUGAUGUUUCCAUACCACUCAGGGGUGCCAGGUGGCUCACCCUGAUCGUCAUUUUAGGCACAUCACAGUGUAGGAAUGAAAAUGGAACCCAUGGAUAUUUAAAUCUGUCAAUUUCAUUUUGUUAAUGUUUUCCCCUGAUGACUUUUUAGCAGUUUAACAAAUAAAACAAAAAUGGACUGA